AUGGAGGCAAUUCAAGACCAAUUCCAAGCCGUCGUUGAUGGAUUCAUCGACUUCCAGGGCCAAAAACUCGCGGAACAAAUAACAACCUACACCCUUACCGUCUCCGCAAUCGUCGGGUUCCUGGCCGGUUUCGUCAGCCAGAAUAUCGUGUAUACGCUAUACAUCUGUCUCGCAGGAACGGUACUUACGUUCUUGGCAGUUGUUCCUCCAUGGCCGUUUUAUAACCAAGCUCCCGUACGGUUUCUUUCGUCGGGUAGUGGUGGGAGGAACAGCGGGAGUGGUGGUGGGGCGGUGGUGGGGACUAUUGUGGUUGAUGGGCAGGAGGUGAAGGUUAAGACUUGA